AUGCCGAGCCAACCGCUGACCGACACAGAAAAGCAAUUGAUCGACGCCUACAACACAAUCCUCGAGAAGCCUUUUGUCGACAAGUACGAGGAUCGAUGGGAGGACGAACCAUUUGACCGCGCCAUCGACCUCUUCAAGUCCCGAGCACAGGAAAUCGGCUUUGCAGACCCCUUUGAACUCCUCUCCAAAUUCAAGAUUGAAUCCUACGAAACCGUCAGGGCUCAACAUAAGAAAGGUCCCGCUCUUUGUUUCCGUGAAGGUUGGAAGAGUCCCAUCCUCGGAACCCGCGUCGACCCCCUCGUCAUUGCCUCCAAAUGUGAACACCUGGCCGGUCCCGAGUUCACUGGACAGGAACGUAUUGUCGUGCUUGACUUUUGGGCCUCCUGGUGCGAUCCAUGUCUGCAGGCAGGACCGGAGGUGUCACAGUUGGCGGAGGAGUUUGCCGGACAGGUCGCCUUCCUAGGGAUCAACAAUGAGAGCAUGUUUCAAAAGGACACCGUCAUCCAACCACCCAACCUGGAUCGUGUCAUUGCCUUUGUGGAAGAACACCAGGACUUAUUCAGAUACACUAUCCUCAUCGACAACGCCGAAGGAUUCGCAAAAGAAGCUGUGUACAAGACAGCAGGAUACAGGGGAAUCCCCAUGGCAUGCCUCCUGGUCGACGGCAUUGUGCAAUACGUUGGAUCGCCCAUUGACACCCUGAGGCCGGCAUUGGAACGGGCACUCGAGUCCAUCUCUGCUACCAAUCCCAUCAACCACAGGAGUAACAAUAAUACCCGCUCAUCCUCUGGACGGUCUUCUCGCGAAGAAUAA